AGGCGCUGCGUGUGUUGAGUUCUUACAUCACUCCCAUGGCUUCUGAGAAAGACGCUGCUCUCGCGGCCGCCGCCGCUCCUGUCCCUUCCGAUUCUCCCACCAUAUUUGACAAGAUCAUCAACAAGGAAAUUCCUUCUAAUGUGGUUUACGAGGAUGAUAAGGUGCUAGCUUUCAGAGACAUAAAUCCUCAAGCUCCUACCCACAUUGUCAUCAUUCCAAAAGUAAAGGAUGGUUUGUCAGGCUUAUCUAAGGCAGAAGAGAGACAUUGUGAGAUCCUUGGGCGACUGAUGUACACUGCCAAGCUGGUCGCGAAGCAAGAAGGACUGGAUGAUGGCUUUAGGAUCGUCAUCAAUGAUGGACCCAAUGGAUGCCAAUCUGUCUAUCACAUUCACGUUCAUCUUCUCGGAGGGCGCCAAAUGAACUGGCCUCCUGGCUAAAGAUUGUAGUUCACGUACUGCUAUGCCACACGGCUAGUGGCUUGGCCUGAGGCUGGUUAGAGUUGACAGGGUACUGUAAUGGUCGGAUCUCUGGAAUAAUGGGUUCAUCUGCUACUGCUAUUGUUUCCCUUGCUGAAUGCUGCAUGAUGCGAGUUCCUUAAUGGCGACCAACUGAACACAACUGUACGGUUUUUAAAUCCCAGCAGCUUUGGUUGACAUUUACAUUGGAGUAAAAUUAUAGAAUUUUGAUAGUUGAACUUAGAAUUAAAAGAACAACGGUGAAUCAUAUGGUGACGACUGACGAGUAAAGCCAGCUAGAGCUGAAAAGGACCAGAGGGUGGCAACCAGAACCCUUCGGCCUAAGCUUUCUUGGAUAUCUCCAAGAGAACUAUGUCCAAAGAGCACCAAAUUCGAAUAUACAGGCCACUCUUUCCUAUGCGAGCGAGACUGCUCCUUCGGUCUCUUGAAGAGCAUCGUGGUCGAGAAGGAAGCACACUUCCAUCUCCCAGAAUGACAAACCUUGCACUAACAACAACCAAUUCAAAUUAUUCAACGUGUUCCCAAAUUCUCAAGCUGGUAUCCUCAGAGAUCUAUUUCAGGCCUACUGUGUUUAAAGUUAUCAAAGGAACCCGAUUUCGGAUAUGAAACUUUCU